AAUUCGGUUGCAUGCAUGCCUUGUUCAUGUAUAACUGGUUGUGGUUGUGGUUGUGGUUGUUCUGUAUCUUCUUCCAUAGACAUUAGGACUCAGUUCUGGAGGAGAGCCUUGCAGAGAGCGUCCAGUGCGUCUCGGAAAGUGGCAUCUCCAGAGAUUCCUGGAUCCAGUCAGAGUAUGAAGAAGACCAUUGGACACAGAGGAGUUGAGACAAACACUGGAGAGACCACCUAUAAGAAGACCACGUCGUCAGCCCUGAAAGGAGCAAUUCAGCUGGGCAUCACUCACACUGUGGGCAGCCUGAGUCAGAAGGCUGAGAGGGAUGUUCUCAUGCAGGACUUUGUGGUGGUCGAGAGCAUCUUCUUCCCCAGUGAGGGCAGUAACCUGACCCCUGCCCACCACUACAGUGAUUUCAGGUUUAAGACCUACGCCCCCAUCGCCUUCCGCUACUUCAGAGAACUCUUUGGCAUCCGGCCAGACGACUACCUGUACUCUCUGUGUAACGAUGGCCUGAUAGAGCUGUCUAACUCCGGCGCCAGCGGCUCUCUCUUCUACGUGUCCAGUGAUGAUGAGUUCAUUAUCAAGACGGUGCAGCACAAAGAGGCUGAGUUUCUCCAGAAGCUACUGCCAGGAUACUUCAUGAACCUGAAUCAGAACAAACGGACCCUGCUCCCUAAGUUCUACGGUCUGUACUGCAUCCAGGCGGGAGGGAAGAACAUCCGCCUGGUGGUGAUGAACAACCUGCUGCCCCGCGUGGUCCACAUGCACCAUAAGUACGACAUGAAGGGUUCCACCUAUAAGAGACGGGCCUCAGCCAAGGAGAGGGACAAGACUUUUCCCACCUUUAAAGACCUGGACUUCAUCCAGGACCUGCCUGAUGGACUACUGCUGGAGACGGAUAACUACAACGCCCUUAGCAAGACCAUCCAGAGAGACUGCCUGCUCCUGCAGAGUUUUAAAAUCAUGGACUACAGUCUACUGGUGGGGAUCCAUAACCUGGAGCAGGCUAGUAGAGAGAGGGAGCGAGGUGGGGGGCAGAUGGGGGACAGUGGGGGGUCAGAGGGGGCAGUAACCCCAGACCAGCGCCGACCCCAGGCCCAGAAAAGUCUGUACUGCACAGCCAUGGAGUCUAUACAGGGAGAGGCCCGCGGGAAGGGAGCCCUGGAGUCUGAGGACCAUAUGGGCGGGAUCCCAGCCAGGAACUCUAAAGGAGAGAGGUUGCUGGUCUUUAUCGGCAUCAUCGACAUUCUGCAGUCCUACAGGUUCAUCAAGAAGUUGGAACACUCAUGGAAGGCCCUCGUCCAUGAUGGGGAUACAGUGUCGGUGCACAGACCAGGCUUCUACGCUGAGCGCUUCCAACAAUUCAUGUGUAACACAGUGUUCAAGAAGAUCCCAUUGAAGCUCUCCCCAUCCAAGAAGUCUCGUGGUGGGGGUCCGGGGGGUCUGAGGAGAGCUCCUACCCUGGGAGGCCCCACCCCCCUCUCCCACGCUGCUGGACAGUCUGUGGUGGACUCCCGACUCGUCUACCAAUCACACUUCAACAAGGCUGACGCAGAGGGAGACAGUGGCAUGCAGUCGGGCAGGCCAGACCUGGUGCCAAGGACCCCUCCCCUGGCGGGAGGGUCAGGGGAUGCGGAGGCCAACUUUUCCACAUCCUCAUUAGGAAGCACAGGACUCACCUCCUCCUCUCCUCUGCUACAGUCAGUAGGGGUUGAGGUACAUAGAGCAGUAACAAGCACAGACCAAGACCACGGUGUCUCCCACAGUAUGGGUGCGGAAGUGGAAGCGUCAAGUGAUCAGUCGGGUAAUGAAGAUGCCAUCUCACUAUCAGACAUCAUCCCAGAGACUAACAUCUGCUUUUAACAACUGAUCUGGAGUCAUCUGAGGAAAAGGUGAUUCUGGAACCAAGGAGGUGGGUGGAAGAGUGAGAGGGGGAGAGUAGUUUUGCAUCCUCCUUCCUCACUGUCGAUCCAUCCCUCCUUUUCUGCGGGGGAGGUUUGGAACAUACUUCAGGCUGACUGAACGGGAUGGGGGGUGGGUGGUGAAGUGAGGGAGAGUGUGACUGGGUGCCAGAGAGAGGAACAAAGAGAGGUGUGUGUGUGUGUAUAUAUAUGUGUGGGGAGGUGGUGGCUGUCUGAAGGCUUGGUCAGCCAGACAGACACAUGGGUAUGCUGCUAGAAACCCUUCUCCAACUAAGUUACAGGAGUCUCUGUGUCACGAAACCCACAUACACUGUCCCACCUAUCACAAAGCCUGAAGGGGAGAGGGAUGUGGGCUUAGACACCCCUGCAUCAACAGUGUGGAGGUGGAACACCAUGCUCUAUAUCACUCUCUGUUCUGUUACUUUGUGCAUUCCUUCUUGUGGACAGUAUUAGGGUUCCGUUUUCAGUGACUCCAAUCAUAAUAACUCAUAUGUUAUCAUUCUACAUCUGUCCACACCUUCCUCCCUCCACACAGCCAGGAGAUGGGACGGACAGGAGAAUCAUCUCUAUAUGUAGUGUUUUUUAUUUUAUUAUGACCACACUUUUACUGUUGUGGACAGAACAUAUGACUUCAUCACACAGACCUUCUAUUCUUUUAGAUUAUGGAUGUAUACAGUAGCUGACUGACUGGAGUUGGAGGCAGGAAUGUAUAGGCCAGAGCUAUUCUGCCCUACCAAGCAAAAAGGCAGUAACUGCUCAUAGUGUGGAACUGAGAAAAAUGGCUUUUAUUUACCUUAGCUUCAUAGUUACCUAGUGGAGUUACUGCUAAUAUCAACCCCAUUUUCUCAAACACAAUACGAGGCAGGAUACUUGCCCACAUGAUUAAGUCAUUUUUGCUACAUUAAAUACAUGCUAACUCAUUUUUGACCAAAUGAGCAGUUACUGCCUGUUUCUUGGUAGGGCAGUAUGGGUAGGCUAUACACCACAGGGGGUUGGUGGCACCUUAAUUGGGGAGGACGGGCUCGUGGUAAUGUCUUGAGUGGAAUGGUAUAAAAUGCAUCAAACACAUGGUUUAAUGUCAUUCCAUUUGCACUGUUCCAGUCAUUAUUAUGAGCCGUCCUCACCUCAACAGCCUCCACUGCUAUACAAAGUGUUACUGGCUGAUGGGAAGGCUCUGUCUGUCUCCAUGGUUAUCCUGGAAUCUUCCUCUCUGAUGAGACCACAUGUGCUAUAUUGAUCUAGGAGUGAGAGACCAGAGCAAGAACAUAGUAAUGGCCGCCACCUCCAUACCCUUAGAAUAGAGCGGGGUUCCCCAACUGGAGACCUGCGAAUGCACAUUUUUUUAUUGGUGGACAAAAAAGGUAAACGCCAGCAAAUCCACUCUAAAUGAUUUCAAUUUAAGAAAUCUGUUCUAAAGUAUUCCUAUGCAAAAUAGAGGUUUGAAAUUGUUUGUCAAAUAUGAUCUGUUUGGGCUUUCUUGUGGUCAAAUUGCAGUCUACAAAUUAUUUGUAAUUAUGUUCCGGCCCCCUGACCAUCCGCUCAAGAAGAAAAAAAUCGCCCCACGGCUGAAUCUAGUUGAUGAUCCUUCGAAUGGAGGUUCACCACACCAGAGAAGAGACAAAGAGGAGCAGUAACAGAAGGACAGGACAGUGACCUGACCACACUAACGCUAGCUUCCUGUCACUUACGGUCUUCCUUUUUAUAUCUGUGCCUUUGUGUCUGUCUGGUGCUAGUCUUGCUGAGCUGUGUCUCUCUCUCAUAUUUUUGUUUCUUUAAUGUCCCGUUACACAUACAUUCAAACUCUUGUUUGUCUGUUGUUUUUAUAUUCUCACUACCAAUCAAAAGUAUCUUUGAAAGAAAUUUGACCAAUCAACCGGCAGGGUUGAAAGGAAUGAGCCAAUCAAAAUUCAGAGCGAGCUUUUAACGCACACUACACAUGCCUUUUUCGGUCUUCGUAUGGCAGUUCAGUUUCAUCACAUUCAUUCACACCCAGCCAUUUUAGACUGUUUUGUGCACAAAGAUUUUAAGUGUUCUUCAAGCAAUGGUAAUUCUACCACCGUCAUUCAAGCACUUUGAUACUUUUAACUGACCUGACUUUCAUUAAUAAGCAACAAGAGAUUUCUGCUGGCUACAGAAAUGGCUGCUUCACCCCACUGAGUUUGAGACUCACCACAUUGUGUGAAUGACUUUGUUUGCGUCUCUGUAGUACACCUCUUGUACAUUAACGUUUAUAUAAACAUGGGUUUGUUAUUUUUUUCCCAUUUGCUCAGUCAUUGUGUAGAAUACUAACACAAGCGCUGGGUGGUAGCUCAUACUAUUUAUCCUGUAGUAGGAUAUUUCAGACACAUGGAUACAUAUCACUACCUACUGGUUAUGCUAGAUCUUGUAUUUCACACCAACAGAGUGAUUUAAAGGGCCACCAUGGCCUGAUUGUGAGGACACAUUUCUAAGUGGAUGGGAGUGCACGUGGUCCAAAGCAGAGAGGGAGAGAUGGACAGACUGACAAACUGGGGGAUAUCAGCCUUUGGUGGAAAUGAUUAAUGUUCAUUGAUGCACCGUGAGACAAUAGGGAAUGUUUAAAGGGAAUGGGUGAGUACAAGAACAUAGCCAUGCCCUGAAGAAACUAGAGGCUGGAAGUGGAGCUCUUUCUGAUCAACUGUCAUGACAAAUUGGAAAAGCAAUCAAAAUGUUAUGGACUUGAACAUGGAUGAACUCACUGCAUAUGGAAACUACAUGGAAACCUAUGCUUCAGAACUUGAGUUUUGAUGAACUUGAUGUUUUCCUAACAGAUCUGAGUUUAAUGAGCCUUCAAACCGUUUCAGCGCUCACCGUUUGAGAGGAGCUGUCCUGCAUGAUAACUAUACGUAUUUUAAAGCACACAGGAAGGAAGGGCACAAGAGAGGGUGGUAUUGGUUCCAAAUGAGUUAUUUACACAAAUACAUGGUUUGAUUUAUUUCAAGUUCUUGCGUCUACUUUUCCUGGCGAACCCACCCUCUUUGUAAAAAGCUCAUAUGGUAUUCCUGGUUAAAUAAUUUCCAAACAUGGCCCUCAAUUAAAAGUUGUGCUCUUUUGAAUGUUUUGACCUUUGACCCUGAUAACCCUGCUCAGCUUCCCCAUCAUUUCAAAGAGCUCAAUUCAGUCUUGUGCUUUUUGUUUGAGAACAGUUGGCCACCAAAGAAAACUCUCCAAGCCCCAUGUUCCCAUGUUUUGAAUCACAUUUUCAAUAGAUGGUAUUGUGUCUUAUAACAAGGGCCUUAGUGUGACAACAGGGUCUGGAUUUGACUCCAUGAACGCUCAUCAUGACUUUUAGCGUAUGCUUAACUUUACAAACUAACAUCUGACAGUCAGAACAAUGUUGUUUUAAAGCCUGUGUGCUUCUGUGUAGAUGCUGGAUUAAACCCGUUGCAGCGUCUGUUGACUUGACUGGACCACAGCACAACAGACACCUCACCCUUUGGUGCUCAAAGGGCGGUACACUUGCAACACAGACACUACAGAACAUAUGAACUAAUGCAAUAUGAACAAGUCUGCCAUCUUAAAGUUUCAAGAAUCGUAUUUAUUGUAUUUGUAUUAUGACCUUGUAGCCUGAAAUGAUUCAUAAGUUGUACAUGUACCUUAGAUGAUUGUACGUAUAAUAAUGUAUACUUCUGACAGGAAAUGUCAGCAACUUAAGUAGUGUAUUGCAUAUGGGAGGGGAUUGUUUGACAAUUUCACUUUUUAUAUUUCAUGUUUGAUUUUGAUAGUGAUAUAUUCUCCAUUGUUCUGGGGCAAGGAUGUCCCAUGCUUUUUUACGUUGAAUGUUUCACACAGCCUCCGAGCCAAUGUUGCUGGUUACCGUCUAUGCUUCAAUUACUCUAUUUUUACUCUGCCUGUAUAAAAUGUUUAUAUGUAUAUAGUAGUCACGGAAAUGCCUUCUCAUGCUGCCUGUUCCUUCUACCAUCUUUCAGUGAUGUAAUGUUUUUCAUAUUGGCUCUGAUUUUAGAAUAAACUUAUUUUCUAAAUGUU